AUGAAGGGAGUGGGGAAGGAUAUGGCCAAAUAUCUUGGAGACUUUCAGUUUGGGGUCGGGGUUCCAAACGGGGCUGAGGCGGUUCUUCAUAGUGCCAACAGGCUCUUAAAUACGCACCACCAAGACGGGUCGUUGGCUAUGCUUACCGUCGAUUUCUCGAAUGCCUUUAAUCUUGUGGAUAGAACUGCUCUUUUAAAUGAGGUAAGGAAAAUGUGUCCAUCCAUCUCUGCUUGGGUUGAUUUUUUAUACGGGCAACCAGCUAGGCUUUAUGUGGGGAAUAAUAAUAUUUGGUCUUCCACAGGGGUUCAGCAGGGGGAUCCUUUAGGGCCUCUCCUUUUUGCCCUUGUUUUACACCCUCUUGUUCUCCGAAUCAGAGAUCGUUGCAAGCUCCUUUUUCAUGCCUGGUACCUGGAUGAUGGGACCCUUAUUGGAGAUGCUACUCAGGUGGCCAAAGCUUUAGACAUCAUUAGAGUGGAGGGCCCCUCAUUGGGCCUCCUUCUCAACAUUAAAAAAACUGAAGUUUUUUGGCCUACAUGCGACGGGGUGAAGACUCAAGAGGGUUUAUUUCCGCGGGAGAUUGGUAGGCCGGUGCAUGGUGUGAAACUCUUGGGUGGUGCUGUCAGCAGAGAUGAGGAGUUUAUUAGUGGUUUGGCCCUUAAAAUAGCUAAAUGUGCGGUUGAGUUGAUGGGAUGUCUCAAACGUCUUCGGGACCCUCAGAGCGAACUCCUCCUGCUUCGUUCGUGUAUGGGGGUUGCUAAACUGCUGUUUGGGCUAAGGACGUGUCAGCCUUCUUUUGUUGGGGAAGCCGUCUCUGUUUUUGACAAGGGGCUUCGGAAUGCGAUCGAGAACAUUGUUGUUUGUGGGGGUGCCUUUUUCGGGGACCUACAAUGGAGGUUAGCUUCCCCCCCGACCCGUUUUGGGGGGCUUGGGAUUUGCUCAGCUGAGGAUGCCUCUUCCUAUGCUUUUGUGGCUUCAAGAGCCCAAUCUUGGGUUCUUCAAGACCACAUCCUUCGUGAAUGUGGUGGUGGGUUAUUGGACUCUGAUUACAUGGGUGCGUUGGACAACCUGCAUAGUUCUCUUCCCGAUCUUGAUCUCGGCGUUGAAGAGAAGUUUGCUUUGUCUCCACGGCAGCGAGCCGUGUUUGAGUGUUUGCGAGCCCCCCAUGCUCAGGAUUUCCUGUCUGUUGUUCCCAUUGAAGGUUUAGGGCAAUGUAUGUCGGCUGUGGAAUACCGGGCUAUCCUCAAGUACCGGCUGAUGGUACCGCUUUUCCCGGUUGAUGACCCAUGUCCUGUAUGUCGGAAGUCUUGCUUGGAUACUUUUGGGGAGCAUGCAAUCCAUUGCAAAGAAUUACCAGGGUUUAAAUAUCGACACGAUUUAGUUCGUGAUGUGCUUUAUGAUGUCCUUAAGCGAGCAGGGAUCUCGGCGAAAAAGGAAGCUCCGGUGAACUUCUUGACCGAUCCAUUAGAAGGGAGAUCUACCCUACGGCCCGCUGACAUUCUUGUUUUUGGAUGGGAAGGAGGAAAACACGCGUGUGUUGAUUUGACAGGUGUGUCCCCCCUCGUUGGGCUAAGGGACCACGGGUUUGUGGCUGGUCAAGCAAUAACUAAGGCAGAGGCGGCCAAAGUAGCUAAGCAUGAGAAAGCUUGCAUCGAGAAUCAGCACGUGCUCACCCCAUUCGCUUUCGAUACUUUUGGCGCUCUCGCCCCUGACGCGUGGAUUAGCUUUGUUUCGGACUUGAUCGUAUCCCACACAAGAACAAAAAAAUAUGGCUUCAAUGAACAACCAGAUUACUUUUAA